CGGCACAAGUAAUAAUAAAUUACUGCAUCUUAGAGGUAUGGACAGACAUACAUAUACGGUGGUGUCGGUAGGUUUUUGGGUACUUCUUAGGCCAACUGCCAAUAAAAAAGGUAUUUACCAGUGUGGAGUGAGGGCGUGUUACAAAGCCACUGUUUGCUAUAUCAAGCUACAGGAUAAUACUUAUGUGGACUUGAAAUUUUAUCUAAAAAUCUACUUGAAAUACUUUGAUGUAAAGGUUAACUUCGGAAAAUGGGUAAUGCAGGAAGUACACACCGUCUAAAUUUAGAGGAUGUCAACAGUGAAAUACAUUCCUAUUAUAAGCAACAGCAGAUGCGACGGGCAUUGAAAUGUCAACAGAUUCUCCAAACUCGAUGUGACAAUGAUAAUAGAGGGCAUUGGACGCAUUCAUUACCAAAUCUGAUCAAUAAUGAUUCCGUGGCUACAGCUGAUUUCGAUCGUGAUAUUCUGGAAUCGACAGCCACGCUGACGCCAAAUUGUAAAGUGUUACCGCAACUAAAUGAACGUCUCAAGCUACGCGCAACAGCAAACGGCACCAUACUCUAUUCAGGCGGAACCAUUAGUGGGAAGCGCGAACAACCCCCUUCAACGGCCAAAACUCCAGCCAUCUCACAAAAGCCACAGCCUCCGUCAGAUUUAAAACAGCAUUCUAGGAAUUUUAUAAACGAUGAUUUGAAACACAAGACUUGGAAGUACACGCAACCAAUGCAACAAAAGUCAGAGGAGAAUCAUGCAUCUCAAUAUCAACGACAGUCCAUUCCAGCGUUUCGACGCUCGCAAACCCUUUUACAUCUUCCCUAUGGCACUAAAAAAACAGUAGACUCCAUUAACGAAAGCGGGCCCAGUAAGAAGGAAAAUAAUUGGGGUACAUCUAAUACAUCCACGACUACGGCUGCAACGUCAGUAGCUCAGAAUAUAAAGCAUCAUGCCCGAAAAGAUAGUGCAGUACAGGAAAAUAUUGUAAAGUUAAAUAAAUACAAUAAAAAGCGAAAAGCUCCUGCAGCACCGCCUUCUUCAGCUGUAUCGGGUAGUUCAGUUGUAGAUUGCUCGACAACUAUAAAAUGCCAGUUGAACACCAGUAUUACCGCAUCGAGUACUGCAGCAGAGUGUAAUGAAACAUAUUCGGGGACAAAUGAGUUGAUAGCGAACGAGCGAAUGGUCUUGGCGGAUAAAGAUGCACUAGAGAACAAACAAAAGCUAACCAAAUCUAGAUUGUUUCGAUCUAACGCCAAAGUUUCACAGCUCAGGAUGAUUGGAAAAUUGCAAGAACAACUUGUACAAACUCAGCAGCACCUUUUAGAUACGUCAUUAAAACUGUCACCCCAACGCCUUACACCGAUUGCAGCAUCAACAGCAAAGCCUGACAGCUACCUGCGAAGGGAGAAGAGUUCGGACGCUAUUUUGCUACCGCAUCGGAAUGCGCAAACGAAAAAACCCGACAUUCCGGCGACGGCAGCGAAGGCAAAGUUACCAACCACAAUAUCAACUGAAUUGGACACAAACAAUCAGAAACACAUAAUCCCUGAGCAAAAGUUGCCGCCCUCAAAGAUACCGCAGUUGAAUCGAACAUUCCACUUCGGUAUGGGUUUCAGUACUACAGAGCUUACAACUGGAGCUGCGACAAAUAUAGCUGAAAAUGGAGGUAAGAAAGGUGAGCAAUUGAAGGGGAACACUAAGCAAUUGUGUAAAAAAUCCGAAUUAAGUGUAGAUUCUGCAAUAAACACGAAAAGAUUUUCAGCAGAUGUAGAACCUUCAGUGGCCUUAACAGCUGCACACGUGGUCAGUUACUAUAAACUUCAUACAGCCAGCGACGCCAAGCCUAUUGUGGACAAUGGUCUGUUUAUUCAAUUGCGGCCAAACCUACCGCGCCGGCAACCGAAUACGCCGAGCUUUAGUCCAGUGGCAGCGUGGCGUACGUUGGUUGAUGAACAGCAUCGACAAGAGCAACAAAAGCUACAGAAAAACUGCGAAGUAUAUCAUAAAAUGAAUAAUAAUAGCGGGUAUAAAAACGAGAAUGAGCAGAAGUCCGCAUUGCUGCCUUACCUCACUUGUGGUGCUGCAGGUGAGGAGGGUAGUGCAGGAAUUCUUGAACGUGUAGAGAAAGAAAGUGCUAGAAAACAAAAAGAAGCGCCCGCACAGUUAACAUGCAAUAUAAGUAAACGUGGAGCUAAUCAAGGACGCAAUAUUACGACAUUUCUGACCACGUGGACGCCUCAACAAGACUUAGGAGAUUAUAACGAUUGUGACUGUGACGAAGGUAUAAUGGAUGAUGUUGAAAAUUCUGCGGAUUAUGCCCACGAUGUUGUUAUUCAGCACGCAAACGGUCCACAACAGAACACUGAGGGCGUUGAAGUAAGCGAGCAUAAUGGAAAUUUAGAGGGAAAAGGAGAGGCACCAGCGGCUGGCCAAGGUCAAGGUAGUACUGUUGUCUCACCAGGUAUGCAUGUUUUCAGUUUGUCACUCCCACGUGAUGUGCACACCCAAUCACAUCGCGAAUUCUUGCAUACGACAAACACAUCAUCAACUCUCCCCAAAGAGCCAGCACGUAGUGCGAAUACUGUACCCAUUAAUGCCACUUCCAAAACAACUUUGCUGAAGCCUAAAUGUUGCUGUUUCAAAAGUAGUAAGAGAGCUCAGCUGCAGGCCCUGCCGAUAGCCGUUGAUGGGACAGCAGAACUAGAAAUCGUUUGCCCGCUGCAUGGUGGAAGACUUAGUGGUAUUGGCAGCGGUGGUCCCCUAAUUUCUGUUAGCGAUAACUGGGUGUUGCAUAGAGCGAACAGCGCUGCAAGUAAACCUUUGACUGCUUGCCGAAUUUCAGGCAAUAAAAGUCAUGGAAAAUGGGAUGCUGAUGUAGAACCCAUAUCGUUAACGUAUUUGACAGCAGGAAAACAUGUUAUGUAUUUACCCGGUAAAGAGCGAAAUAAUACUACCGAUUUUUGUGGCGAUGACAUAAGUGCUAGUAGCCGAGAAGUUCAACAGAACCAGUUAAAACAACAACGUCGCCAAAGGCCAAUACGACAAAAUUUGCAUGAUGUAUCACCGGUUCCCGGUAAAUUUACAUCAAAAACAUCACAUACACGAAUGAAAGACUCGGUUGGUUACGCAGCAUCGAAUGGUUUCGAAAGGUCACAGAGAUUUACUUUUCAAAGUACAAUACGUUUGCUAGAAAAACAGCGUUUAGCUGAACGGCUUGUCAAAGAUGCUGAGCUGCGGGAGGCGCAACGGAAAACUGAAUUGGAAGCGAUGAACCGUUUUUCAGAAUAUGGUCACCUAAAUUAUAAAUGCGACGAAAUGGGAUCAGCUGCUUUCGAUACCGCUCUAAUUCAGUUGAAGUAAGCAAAAUAUCAAAUAUUUUGUUUCAAGCAUAUGAAAGGUAAAAACAUGGCUGCGCUCCACAACAAGCGUAAAUCAACUUAACGGUAAUAAUUUUUAUAAAUUAUCAGUUGAAUUUCUUAUAAAAUUUAGGUUUAUGCAUCUUAAGCGUGCAUCGAAAUUUUGUUUUAGAGAAUCAAUGUGACAUAAUUGAAAAAACGAAUGACCGGUUUGCUGAGCAACCGAGACGAUUGCUUUUAAAUAAUUCUGUAAAACAAAUCAGCAAGUACAUAAGUAUGUAUGUAUUAACUUUACAUUUAUUAAUUUUUUAUAAGCCUGUUAUACAUAUUUUUGUAGUAAGAAAAGAGUAGUCAU